AUGGAAGGAUUAGAAUUUAAACUUCACCCAAAAUACGGUCUAUCUAUGCACGCGACUCGUGACUUUGAAAAAGGAGAAGUUCUGUUCACCGAAAAACCCUUGCUGGUCGCCCAAACGCUCACCUCAAAAUGUGACAAAGCAUUUACGUCCACCCAUGACAUUGACCUCAAAGUGUUCUCCAUAUUCAAACGGUUCUUCGAUAGCUCCACGGAAAUACAGGAUACCAUGUUAACCAAUUUUUACCUUCCCCCGACCAAACAAGCUCUCGAUAAAGUGUGGUCAAUCAUUGGUACACCUUGCGUGGACAAAGUAAUUAACGUUUGCAAAGAACAUGUUCAAGCAUGGUCAAACAUCGAUGAAGAGGUCUUCCGAAAAGUAUAUUUGGUAUUCACCUUGAAUUCCAAUCCAGUCGACUCGGACGGUUCGCCCGCGAUAUUUAUGACCUCUAGUAAGAUGAACCAUUCCUGUGAUGCGAACACUUUUUACCAAUCUAUUGGUGGCAGCCGCGCUGUUUACACCGCAACUAAGAAUAUUCUAAAGGGAGAUCAGGUGACCACGAAUUACUUAGAGAAGGACACAAUUUUGCCGACGAGUGAACGGAGAAAAUUGUUGCAACGCACGAAACUGCUCUUGUGCGAUUGUCCUAGAUGCAUGGAAUGUAUAGAUAUUUCGCGCGGGUUGCCGUGCCCCAAUUGUUCGAUGAUAGAUUAUUCCUUCGGUGGGAAUACAAUUGGUGGUUACAUUUAUUGGAAUCCAAAAUCAUGUAAUUGGUCAUGUGAUACAUGUCACUCGAAAUUUGAUAACGAUAGUCCGCGACUACACGGUCUAUUGGUCCGAGAACAUGAUUUGAAACAAGCGGUAAUCUCACUUACCGAGAAACUCACCAACCUCCAAUUAGUAAAUCGUUGUCAACUACUUGAACUCUAUAACGCGUGCAAGAGCCAACUAGGCAUCCGUCAUUGGACCUACAUCUUAGUGCUCAAGAUGCUGAUCUUAUUUGAUAUCACACAACUAUCUAGCGGAAAGAGCAACUUGAAAUCUACGUUAGUCCAAAAUUUAGAUUAUGUGCUCGAUUGGUACGAGAAAGGUGGUUUCGAUGCACCAAGACAUUUGUGCAUGCUCAUACUGCGAGUAGUUAAUGCACUGAUAUGUGCUGAGGAUUAUAGUAAUGCUCUGCAUUUCUUGGAGCGAGUUUUUCGUGAAUUCCCAUACGCACGGAUUUUUAGACAGGAAUACAAAGAGGCAGUAGAAAUGAUGAAAAAAUGUCGUUCAGUUUUGAAUGGUGAGGUUGCGACAACGUACACAGGAGAAGGAAAACAGAUGUUGGGUCACGAUAAUUUCAUAGUAUUCGUUCGAAUACUUUUUGCGGAUCAUGACAUCGAUUUUCUCGCGAAGGAAGUUGAUCUUCAAGUCCCCCUGGAUAGUAAGCAAAACUUUCCAAAUAAACCUUCUCUGGAUCAUAUUUCUUCCAAUCCAUUAAUUUUUUUACCACAUCGUCACCAUCUAUUUCCAUUGUCCAACCCAUUCACUCCUCGCCUGAACCCGCCUCGAAAUACACACCCAUACUUUCCAUUACCAUGCGAACUAUUGUUGAACUCUAAACACCAAUUAUCGCAACUUCAAGCAAUUUUACUGGCAUCGGCGUGCGCACGCCAACAAGUCGGGUGUAGCAAUUCGAAAAUUAACAAUAUUGUGGAUACUUUAGAAGUCUCAACGCAUCAAGCAAUGAACUCGAUGGUUGAUUCCAACGGUGGUGAGCAACCUUCUACUAAUAUUGAGAUCACGGUUACUACCGCCAUUCCGCUUGAAGAGAGCGUACCAGGGGAAUUCAAAGAGAACGAGGCGUCGGAAUUGCCCGAAAUUCAGAAUGAAUCUGAGGGAAGAACAACCAAGGAUGACAACUCUUAUAAUAUUCUUGAUGGUGAAAAGGAUCAAACAAAUAUGAAAACCGAGGAAUCUGAAUUGCUCUCGACAUCAAGUCUAUUCGAUGAACACCCUCUUACCAAAUUCGAUCCUUUUUCACGUGCAAGACCCUUUCUGCAGCUUGAUGAUAUGUACCCAGCUCAACCAAGGAUUCUUCCAAUGGCCAAUUGUUUUUUUGGACCUUUGUUUACCGUGUUCGCCUCUCUGUUAAUGUUGACUGCAGGUAUUGAGUAUUUGGUAGGAAUAAUUAGAAGGAAGAAGGUUAGCUCUCUCCAUAAAUCAGGUUCUCAUCCGUAUAUUGCUGAUAGCCGUAAUAUAAAAAGAUUUGACGAGUGUAAAGCCGAUGGACAUGAGGAAAAGAAAUAUGAUGAAUAUUUAGAAAAAGACGUAUAG